AUGGCAGAUCCAAAGAAGUUAAGAGAAGAUGCACAGUCUGAAAUUGAUCAUCGGAUUCAAGAGCAAACUCGUCAGAGAGAGGCUGUUCAGGAGCGGAAGAAAAGGAGAUUUGAGGCUCUCUACAUUGCAUGGCUACCCAAGUUCUUAGAAUGGAAAGAACGGAAGGAUGAGGAAAAGGAUGAUAAGCAGGCCAAGACCCCAAAGUUUGGCAGUUCAACAGAAAGUGAUUCCGAGGCCUCGGAAGGGUAUGAGUAUGAAGUGGAGGAAGUGGAUACCAGUGACUUAGAUUCGGAUGCUGCGGAGGACAAGCAAAGGAUGGAUUCUUAUCAUGAUGAGAAGGCGAGAAGGCGAUUUCAAUAUGAACUUGCCAAUCCCAAGAUUUUUUCUCGCACCAUGAGUGAGGGUGAACCUGUUGCAGUGAAGACCGAUUCUGAAGCGGGCGAUGCAGAUGAAGACGAGGAGGAAGAGUGGUUUGAUGAGGAUCAAGAGGGGCCUGGCGAGGAAGAAGAGGGGUCUGAUGAUGAGGAGGAAGAGGCGUCUGAUGAGGAGAAAGAUGAAUCUGAUGAUUCAGAUUCCGAGUGA